AUAGAUAUUCAUUGAGAAGUCAUUUUGGGCAUAGUCCAAAUCAGCACAUGGUAUAUGUGGACUAGAUCAGUCUACCUUGUUUGCUAGUAGUAAUUUGAAAUUAUGGGGAGAUGAAAAAUCAAGAUCCAAAUAGAUGAUUGAUAGAGUACAGGACAUAAGAAAGCUCAACCUUUAACCAACAGCUAACCUCUUUGAUAUGUCUAGAGGAACCUCUCUUCUAAAAUGUAUAACAAUAAUCUUGAUCAUCUUUCUGAAGAUUUCUAAAACAUGCUAUGCUAGGAAGGUCGAAUUUCACUACUAUGUCCGUUCUGCUUGUGGAAAUAUCCCUGACAUAAGAUACCCUUUUCGUUUAAAGACCGAUCCAAAAUAUAAUUACAUUUUUGGCUCAAAUACCGGUCCAAAGCAAUUUCCAGAAUAUGAAUUAGCUUGUGAAGGUAACCAAACGGUUAUAUGGUUAUUCUCCAAGAAGUUGCACGUUCAAGCCAUCAACUAUGUUAAUCAGACAAUUCACGUCGUAGAUCCAACUUUACAAACACAAGAUUUAUGCUCUCUAUUACCUCAGCUUACCAGCCUUCAACAAUACAUGAAUAGUUCGCGUUUUCAUCCAUAUGAUAAUUACACUAAUAAUGGAUCACAGAGUAGUACUAAAAGAGUAGCAGAGCCUAUCUUCAUAUUCAACUGUCCAUUUGCUGUUAAUAAUUUGACAUUUGUGGAAAUUAGUGGCUGCAAAUUAAGCAGGUACACUUAUUUAAAGAUUGGAGAAAUGAGUGCAUCUGAAGUCAGUGAUGGAUGCAAAGUGGAAUUUAUAGCCAUGACCUCUUGGCCUAAUAUUAAAAAUGACAACAACAUUUCCCUUUCUGAUCUUCAUCAAGCAUUCAUCUAUGGGUUUGAGCUAAUUUAUCAUCUGAAUCGGGAAGUCAACGUAACGAUUCAUUUAAGUUUUUUUGAAUGGAUAAUCUGGAACAGAAGGCCGCUACUCUUGUAUCUCAAAAUGUAUUGGGGAGCAAAAUGUGUGAUCGGCCUACCGUUCAUAAUUGGAUUUCUGGUGUACAAAUUCAAAAGGAGACAUUUGUCAAUGUAUGAUACUAUUGAAGGCUUUUUGCGAACACAAAACAACUUCAUGCCAAUCAGAUAUAAUUACUCCCACAUAAACAGAAUGACCAGAGGGUUCAAAGAGAAAUUAGGUGAGGGAGGUUAUGGCAGUGUAUACAAAGGAACGCUUCGAAGUGGAAGAGAUGUAGCAGUGAAGAUGUUGAGCAAGCCAAAAGCUGGUUGUCAAGACUUCAUGAAUGAAGUGGCUACCGUUGGAAGGAUUCAUCAUGUCAAUGUGGUCGGACUCGUGGGGUAUUGUGUUGAAGGAACAAAGCGUGCUCUUGUAUAUGACUUCAUGCCCAACGGAUCACUCGAUAAGUACAUCAGCACCAGUCAAGAAGGAAGUCCUCUGUUAAGUUGGCAGAGGAAGUAUGACAUUAUUCUUGGAGUGGCUCGAGGAAUUGGGUAUUUGCAUCGUGGCUGUGAUGUACGAAUUUUGCAUUUUGACAUCAAGCCACACAACAUUCUUUUGGAUGAGAAUUUCAUUCCAAAGAUUUCUGAUUUUGGGCUUGCAAAAUUAUAUCCAACAGAUAAAAGCAUUGUGAAUCUCACAGCUGCUCGUGGAACUAUUGGAUAUGUUGCUCCAGAGUUGAUCAGCAGAAGCAUUGGAGAAAUCUCUUACAAAGCUGAUGUUUACAGCUUUAGAAUGCUGCUAAUGGAAAUGCUGGACUUGAAUAGACAUGAAGUUGCAAAUGAAGAGAAUUCCAGCCAAUAUUUUCCUUAUUAUAUUUACGAUAAGUUCAACAAGGGGAAGGAGAUUGUGGUGGAUGAAGAAGCGAAUGAUGAUGAGAAGAAGAUGGCUAGAAAGCUGAGUUUAGUUGCAUUAUGGUGCAUACAAACAAAUCCGAUACAACGCCCUUCGAUGAAUAAAGUAUUAGAAAUGCUGGAAGGUGAAAUUGAACUGCUAGAAGUACCUCCUCAGCCUCUUCAAUCUCCACCUAUUGUUUAUCAGAUGAUGGAAAGUUCUAUGACAUUUUCGUCUGAUUCCAUGGCUUUGUUAGAUAAUUCUGCUAAUAACAUCAUAUCGAAUUAGACAUAUGUUAUGAGUGAUUCAUAAUUAAUUUUAUGUUUAGGUAAAA